GUGUGUGUCGGCUGCUUGGGCGACCAUGGUAACGCUCUAUUGUUAUAGCAGUACACGUAAACUGCAUGGGAUGCGGCUAGGCUCUAUGCGAAUGUACGAUCCCAUGAAUUUACAUACGAUGCACGAAACUCAAUUCAACGUGAAUUUAAACCGGUCAAACUACGAGUAAAAUAGGAAUAUCAUACUUCAUGGGCAAUAUAUAAACCGAGGAAACAAGAAGGAAAAUAACCAAAAUGACGGAGGUACUUUCAGAACUGGUUUCAGAUGCCAAACGACACAAGUUUUCAACGAUUCCCAAACUCUCCGAUGAUGAUAUUGUGAGUGUGUGGGAAAAUGUUGCCAACUUUGUGGAGCGGCACAUGGCCCAGCAAAAGGGAGUUCAAAUCCAUGCUCUUGGGACAUUCACCUUUACCCAGAAGAAGAUUGAUAUUGGAAAUAAUAAAUUUAUCCUCAUCCAGAGGCCUGUCUUUGUACUCUCAGAGAAGUUUGCGCAGACACAUGGACUCAGUUACACUAAACAUUUCACCUCAGGUCAAGUCCCCAUCGUUCAACUCAACUUUGCAACACUUUCCAACGAGAGCCCCUUUGAUCGCGACACUGUAGAGGGAUGUGUUCGCGAAGUUCUUCAGGCGCUUUCUCGUUGCGUCCAGUCUAAGAAGAAUGUAGAAUUCACCUUUACCGGCAUCGGGCGUCUGACAAUCCGUGAUAGCAAAGUCAAGAUGAAGUUUUAUAAGGAUUUCCUCAAUAUGAUGGAUGGUUCUGGCCGUCUAGUUGAAGCUCUCAGAAAUCGGCCUGAUACAGCAGACUCUGUGUUAUCGAGGGCCAGUGUUUUCAGACCAGCCACAGGUGGUACAGUUGUUCUACCAAAAAUCACUCAGGGUGCAGGCAAGGAUGGAUUCAGUUUUGAGAACGAGGAUAAAGAGCGUCAGAUGCCCGCCAUCGAAGAGGUCAGAGAGGUUGACGAACGUGGAGAGUCGCGCCUUGGUGAUGCCCCGGAACAGGAAGAUGAGGGGCUUGGUAGAGAAAUAGAAGAUGAAGCUCCCAAGAAACCGGCCACACCGGUGCGGCCCUCAUCCCGGCAACUAAUCCCCACGGCCAAGGCAACCAGCUUAAGCCUCCUAGAUGACCUUGCCCCGUCCCCACCCCCUCAACCCAGAGGCCUGAAAGGCACCCCGUCACCCCCUCCAGGCAAGCCCCCAUCCCCCAAGGGGGAACUCCCUCCUCCACGCUCCCCUGCAGAGAUCCGAGAAUCCCUCGCAAAUGAAGCCGAGGCGAUGGAGAGGUCCAGAUCCGCCUCUUGCUCGCAUGCCCAUGAGAAAGCAGGACAGGAACUGUGCUAUCUCUGCCACCAGAGGGCGGUGCGCAAUGUACCUGUAUCGUUCGAGGCUGAGAGGAAGAGGAAGGAACAGGAGCAAGAUCGGUUGUUGCAACAGUUUCAGCAUUUGAAAGACACAGAAUCUAUUCUCAGAGAUCAGGCUCAGAAUAUGUCUAAUAAGCAUCAUUCCCAGAAGAUAGCAGCCUUUAAUCUUGGUGUUAGUGAGGCAAUUAAGAACAAGCAGAAGGAAAGAUCCACCGAAUUUCAUAGAUCGUACGUAUUCCAAAACCGUGCCCGGACUCCGCCACGCUUCCUGAAGCAGGAGGAGUAUGCUGCUCAUCUUGGAUCUCAGGUAGAAGCUAAAGCCACUGACAGGGUCAAACGCAAGCAAGACACAGACUUCCUGGAGAGGCUAGAACAAGUGCAACUGGCAGAAGAGCUUUCAGCACAGAGGGAGAGAUACCUCAGAGAUAAGAUGGAACAAACCGAUAUGUACAAGAGGGCACUCUCAGCUCAGGUGCGUUUCAAGCCUCUACCAUUGCCCGGUGCGGUACCCGACUCCAAGGAGCCUAUCUUUGGCAAGUUUGAUGCCACCAACGAGCAGCUUGCCGAACGGAGGCGGCGAGCCAUUGAGGUCUUUCAGGAGCAGAUCUCGGCGGUAGAGAACAGGCGAAAGACCAACCUGUCUAACCAUGUCAAGACCCAGAAUGAAGAGACAGACAUGCUGGAGAAGACUCGUAGAGAAUUGAUUGCUGACCGUGCGGCUCGCUUUGAGCAGGCAUUCCAGACGAGGAAAUCCCUGGAGGAUACGUGGAAGGAGGCAUCGGCCCUCAAGAAAAGUCGGGAGGAGGAGCAGAUGCUCAAACUCCAGAGCCCCGGCAUCCUUCUCCACGAGCAGUGCGACCAGUACCACCGAUGUGAGCAGUGCCUGCGAACGCUGAAGAACUGCGGCGAAUCCAACAUAUGGAGCGAAUCCAGAUACAUCCCCGGCUCUCGUCUAAUUAUGUAGUAAUAUUUGGUAGAUUCCAUAACAAAAUUAUUGAAAUGGUCCUCUUUAUUGCUGUGUAAUGAUACUCAUUCCAUUAAAAAAAACAAAGCACAUCUAAAUGAUUUGAUUUUUAAGCACACACACA